AUGGGUAAGUGCAAUACGCAAAAGAAGGAAACCAAUCUUGAGUUGUUUGGUUCUGAUGAAUGUGGUGAGGAUGAUGAAAAUAUGGGGAUUCCUGUAUUUGUUGGUAAGACGAAGAGGAAGGGUGUUGCAAGGGGAACUUUGUACACAAGGACUGGUUGUAAAGCCACCUUCACUGUGAAGCUGGACCAAACGACUGGUCAGUACCAUGUAUUUAGAUUUGAAAAUAUACACAAUCACGGGCUUGCAGCCGUGUCCGAGCAACACUUUCUUCGGUCAUUCAAGGAAGUUACAACCGAGGACGUACUAGAGGUGCAGGCUUUGCAAGCAGCUGGUCUUGGUGUUAGCGGGUCAUUUGACUUUUUAGCCAAGCAAAGUGGUGGUGCUCCGUUUCUUGGGUUUAUGAUUAAGGACCUAUACAACAAAUUGGAUAGAUAUACGAGACUGAACACCGAACUCAGUGAUGCAGAGGCGGCCAUGAACUGGUUGCGUCUGAAAAGAAGGGAAGAACCGAAGUUUUUCUGUCGGUACAACAGGGACGGAGAUGGCAGAUUGAGCACUCUGUUUUGGAGGGACCAUCCUUCAUUCCUAGACUACGAAGCCUUUGGUGAUGUUCUAGUUAUAGAUAGCACGUACAAGACCAACAUAUAUGGCAUGCCUUUAGUCCUUUUUGUUGGCGUGAACAACCAUAGAGCGAGCGUUGUAUUUGCAUGUGCCCUAGUUGCUAAUGAGAAGGAGUACACAUUUAAUUGGGUGAUUGAGAGAUUCCUCAUUUCAAUGAACAAUGUGGUACCGGUUGUGACAGAUGGUGAUGAAAGGUUGCAUAAGGAACUGAAAGUAUUGGGAAAGCUUAUAUAUGCAUCAGACAUCAUAGAUGAGUGGGAAGUGAUAUGGGAUGAGAUGAUUGCCAAACACGGCUUGUCGCAAAAUGAAUGGCUGAAGUCAUUUCAUGAGAAGCGUGAGAGAAUUGCCGAGGCAUUCUUCAGAUUGUUGAAUAUAUGCGUCACUGGGUUAGUGGUAUUUGCUAAGGCUUUGUAUGGAUCAGACUGA